AUCAACUUCUAACACUUAAACAAAUGAAACAACAAAUAUUUGAUACACAUAAAGUCUAAAAUACAGGAAACCGAUGGCCGGAAGUGGAUCGUUGGAGCAAACUCCGACAUGGGCAGUCGCAACCGUCUGUUUCGUGCUUAUUGCCAUCUCCAUUUUUAUCGAGCAAAUCAUCCAUAUGAUCGGAAACUGGUUCAAGAAGAAACGAAAGAAAGCUCUAUAUGAAGCACUAGAAAAGAUCAAAGCAGAGCUUAUGUUGUUAGGAUUCAUAUCGUUGUUGUUAACCGUGGGGACGACACCGAUUACAAAGAUAUGCAUCUCGGAGGGUGCCGCCUCGGGGUGGCAUCCGUGCAGCCGGAAUGAAGACGUAGCGGCGGAUGAUGGCGGAGAGAGUCGCCGGAGGCUGCUCACUUGGUCAAAGAUGGGCAACAACGCCAGGCGUAUCUUGGCAGGUGCUGCUAGUGGAGGCGACGACAAAUGUGCUAAAAAGGGUAAAGUAUCGUUCAUGUCGUAUGACGGGGUUCAUCAACUUCAUAUAUUCAUCUUUGCUCUCGCACUAUUUCAUGUUAUUUAUAGCGUCCUUACUAUGGCUUUAGGACAGGCUAAGAUGAGAAAAUGGAAAAAUUGGGAGAAAGAGACAAGGACUAUAGAGUAUCAAUUCUCUCACGAUCCAGAAAGGUUUAGAUUUGCAAGAGACACGUCGUUUGGUAGAAGACACAUGAGCUUUUGGAGCAAAUCUCCUAUUCUACUAUGGAUCGUUUGUUUUUUUAGACAGUUUUUUCGAUCGGUCCCUAAAGUUGAUUAUCUCACACUGAGACACGGAUUCAUCAUGGCACAUCUAGGUCCACAAAAUCAGUCAACAUUCGACUUUCAAAAAUACAUCAGCCGAUCACUUGAAAAUGAUUUCAAGACGGUUGUGGGUAUAAGCCCGCCGAUUUGGUUAUUCGCCAUUGUCUUCCUACUCUUCAAUACCCACGGAUGGUAUUCUUAUUUAUGGCUACCAUUCAUACCGUUGGUUGUAAUUUUACUAAUUGGGACAAAGCUACAAGUGAUAAUUACGAAAAUGGGAUUAAGUAUCCAAGAGAGAGGAGAGGUCGUACAGGGCGUGCCCGUGGUUCAAACCGGGGAUGAUCUUUUCUGGUUCAACCGCCCUCGUCUCAUCCUCUAUCUCAUCAACUUCGUCCUCUUUCAGAAUGCUUUUCAGGUGGCUUUCUUUGCAUGGACUUGGUAUGAAUUUGGAAUAAAAUCUUGUUUUCAUGAGCGCACAGAAGACGUUGUCAUUAGGAUCACAAUGGGGGUUCUUGUUCAAAUCCUAUGUAGUUAUGUUACUCUUCCUCUUUAUGCUCUAGUCACACAGAUGGGAUCGAACAUGAGGCCAACCGUAUUCAAUGAACGAGUUGCUACCGCGAUAAGAUCAUGGCACAAAACCGCAAAGAAACAAAUCAAAACAAACCAAAAGUCGGGUCAGGUGACUCCGAUGUCAAGCAGGCCGGGGACACCUACACAUGGCAUGUCCCCGGUUCACCUAUUACGUAACUACAGAAACGACAUUGAUAGUUCGCAAACAUCGCCUAGAAUGUCAAACUUCGAUACUGAUAACUGGGACACCGAUGGUUCACCCUCACCAUCUUAUCACCAACGUCGAGACACUGAAUUGGUCACGAGUCAUCACCCGACAGAACAGGAGUCUAUGACUAUUGACCCGAAUGAUGAGAUCAGUGAUCCUGGUUCGUCACAAAUGGUUGUUGUGGUUCCCGAGGCUGAUGUUGACCAACAACAUGUGGUGACAAUACAUGUUCCUAAAGAAUUUUCAUUUGAUAAAAGAACAAGUAUAUGAGUAUUGUAAGUAAUGGAGAAAUUGUUACCACUGAUUUAACUUCUUUGGUCUUUUUGUAUGGAUCUUAGAAAGAUAUUGUAAACAAUAUUAACUUGUACUUUUAAUUUUCUUAUAAAGUUAAAUGAUU